UGUAUCAACCAUCCACCCAAAUGUAACCAGCUUUAACAAAUACGUUUCGAAACGUCCGAACAUGACACAAUAAAAUAUCUUCUCUCUUCUUUCUCUCUCCUAAACCCUAUUCUUUUUCCCCCUAUCCUCCUUUUUAUUCUCGCCGAUUCACUCAAUUUCUCUUUAUAGUCUCUCCCAUUUCAACAUGAAUCCUAAUCAAAUCUUAUUCCUCUCAAAUCUCUUCAUUUUUUUCGAAUCUUAGGGAUUUUUUGAAUUUUAUUAUAUUGUUUUCUUUCCUUUCUUUUACUCUACCACUUUCUUCUUAGGAUUAAGCGAACUUAAAUUCGAGCUUAUUAUUAGUUAGCGAUUGUGUUUGAUUAAUGAAUGGAUGAACUAUUGAUUAGUGAUUGGUUGAUUAAUUGAUUAAUUGAUCAAUUGAUUGAAGUUUACGAGAUGUAUAAUAAUCGAGGGUCGAAGUCAGAGAUGGGAGCUGUGGAUCGCAAAAGGAUCAAUGAAGCAUUGGAUAAGCAUUUGGAAAGAUCAUCACCGUCGACUUCUAAAGGUUUGAAUGGUAAAGAUAAGGAUAGGUUGACGAUUAUUAGUGCUAGUAGUGGUAAACAGCCUUCCAAUCAGAGGGAUUCUCGUCCUGUUUCGCUUUCUAAUAAUCGAUGCUCCGAUGAUGAAUCAGAAACCGAUAGUGAAGAGUCUGAUGUUAGUGGGUCUGACGGUGAUGAUACCUCUUGGAUCUCAUGGUUUUGCAACUUGCGAGGAAAUGAGUUUUUCUGUGAAGCUGAUGAUGAUUACAUUCAAGAUGAUUUUAACCUUUGUGGGUUGAGCAGUCAAGUCCCAUAUUAUGACUAUGCGCUGGAUUUGAUACUGGAUGUGGAGUCCUCACAUGGUGAUAUGUUUACUGAAGAGCAGAAUGAGUUAGUUGAAUCUGCAGCAGAGAUGCUUUACGGUCUUAUCCAUGCUCGAUACAUAUUGACAAGCAAAGGGAUGGCUGCAAUGCUUGAGAAAUAUAAAAACUAUGACUUUGGGAGAUGUCCAAGGGUUUAUUGCUGUGGACAACCUUGCCUUCCCGUCGGGCAAUCUGAUCUUGCAAGAUCCAGCACAGUAAAAAUUUACUGCCCUAAAUGUGAAGAUAUUUACUAUCCUCGCUCCAAGUAUCAAGGCAAUGUCGACGGAGCUUAUUUUGGAACGACGUUUCCUCACCUCUUUUUGAUGACAUACCCACAUCUCAAGCCUCAAAAACCAAGUCAAAGCUACACUCCUAGGGUGUUUGGUUUUAAGCUCCACAAGCCAUGAUUAUCCAAAAAUCUUGCCGCAUAGAGCAAACAGUUCUUGACGUCUGUACACCAUGGAAGAAUAUACUGCCAGAUGUCGAGUUUUGAGAUGUGAGGUGAGAGCUUCUAAAGCCGCCAGGAAAUAGUUCUCCUGGGUUAAAUGCUAUAUUUGCCGUAAAUGUACUCCCCCGCCCCCUCCAACCCCCCUUCCCCCACCCACCCCACCCCCAUCGCGGAAAAAAAAAGUUAAAAAGCAGUGUAUUGCUGCACUUCAAGCAAUUAUUACUUGUAUUCAGAAAUUUAGCUGCCUUAUGAUAGAGCGUUUGUAAGCUGUGUAUUUGGAAGUCUUUAAAUAGUUGUAGUGCUUUUCUUGCUUUUUUCGGGAGUGGUAUGAUAAUCCUUGCCUCCCUCGUUUCUUUAGUGAUACAAUCAUUUUUUCGUGUAUAACUUUUAUUUAGUUUUGAGUUGUCUUUGCAUUGUAGA